AUGGCGACGGCGCGCGAGCGGAUCAGGCUGGUGCUGGGCCGACUCGUGGCGGCCGCGCUCCGUCGCUCCGGGAUUAUCUGCGCCGUGAGCGUGACAGCGGGUCUCGUGCUGCUGCUGCUGCUCCCCGCCCUCAGCGCACCCACCUACGUGGACGAGAACGCGCUCAUGCCAGGCUCAGCAUCUCCUCGGUAUUCCGAAUCCGAUGCCCGCUACGCCAUUGCGCUGCUGCAAUCGCUGCACACCCACAGGGCUACCCACAUCUGUAUGCGCUUUUUCUCUUCGUGCCACAUCGCCCCUGUUUGCACCGCUCAAAUCUUCUCCCCUUCCUCUCGCCUUUACGCAUCCCCCCACCCCUUUCUCUUCUUCCAUCCGAUCCCCCUACGCGCUCUCUUCCUCCACCUGCUUCCCCAUCGUUUUUGCAUUUUCUUGCUUCUUUCCAUCGCUCCGUCUCCCCGCAGGGGUUCGUUCGACAAGUGGAUCGCACACCAUCUGCGAGCCUUGCAGCUGCCCCUCUACCCACACACCUGGUCCCCUUCCUCCUCUCGCCUCACACGCACCCGCCUCUCCACCCACCACUCCGAUGGUGAUGGUGGCGAUGGUGGUGGUGGUGGUCAUGGUGAUCAAGGGAUGGACGGGGCUGAGGGGCAGGUGGAAGCAGCAGAGAGUAUAGCAACGGUGCUCAAGUCCCGCCAGGGCUACAGCGACGAGGCCUUUGUGCUCGUCACGCCCUUCACUCGCCUGCGCCCCUCCACACACACCACCAGCCACACCAGCAGCAGCAGCAGCAGCAGCAGCAGCAGCAGCAGCGAGGGCGCCUCUCCCUGCGUGUCCCCAUCCGACGCGCUCUCAGUGGCCGUGACUCUCUCUCUCCUGCGCCUGCUGUCCCAGGCGCAGUGGCAAGCCAAGGACGUGGUGUGGCUACUCGCAGAUGCUCGCUACGGCGCCCAGCCCGCUGUGCAGCAGUGGCUCAAGGAGUACCGUGGUAUCGACCCUCCAUCUAUCUCCGCUUAUACAUGCGCUGGCAGCUGCAGCAACGGCAGCAGCGGCAGUGGCGGCAGUGGCGGCAGUGGCGGCAGUGGUAAUGGGAGUGGUGUGAGUGGGGGUAGAGCGAGUGGGCAAUCGUUCCACUCGUCGCAAUCCUCCUCCUCUCUUUCUCCCUUCGCCCCUCACAGCAUGAUGAUUGCAGCUGUGACCCUCCAAGCCAGCCCUGAUUGGCUCGGAGGCCCCGUCGAUUCUCUCGAAAUCCGGGCAGACGGAAUCAACGGGCAGAUGCCAAACCUCGACCUGCCCGCCACGAUCCAGAAAAUCUCCGCUUGGCUUUCACUCAAACUCUCCCUCCAACCCCCUCCAGACCUCCCUCCCCCUCUCCUCCACCUCCUCCCUCCCGCAACCCUAGACCUCCUCUCAACGGCCGUGUCCCGCACUGCAGAAGCGCUUUCAACCCUGGGCGCAUGGCUGGAGAGCGUGGGUGUAAAGGGCGUGAUUCUAGGCGGGCGUGAGUUUGAGGAGGGGGCGAGGGGCCUGGCUCUGCAUUUCUCCCCGAAACAAGCAGCCAAUACAGCAGCAGGUGUGCAGGCAGCAGCUCUCGUGUGCCUGCUCUUCCUUUGGGCUGCCCUCGUGGCCACCAUUCCCCCGCACUUGCAGCACCUCUCAGACAGCCUCCUCUCGUCCCCGAAUCCCCUCCCUUUCGCCCAACUCCUCUCCUCACUCCUCCCCAUGCUUCCCCCCUCUCUCCUGCUCUCACUCCCCUCGCUCCCCUCAUUCCUCCUCCCGAUGUUUCUCCUCCCCACGAGCCCGUCUCACUGCUUGCUGCUGUGGAUAACCACCACUCUCUCCUCUCUUGCCCUUGCCGUUUCCCUCUGGUGCUGUAGCAACUUUGCAGUGGCUUCCCUCUCUGCUGCACUGCUCUUCCUCCUCUGCAGCCUCAUUUCCAAGCGACCCAGCUCCCUCCUUAGCCCGCCAACCUGCAUUCCCCACAUUCAGCCCAUGAGAAACACAAGCACAUGCACACACACCCCCUCCGCUGCUGCUGCUUCUAAUCAAAAGUGGUCUUCCGGUCAGUCUCUUGCGAUUGCACUUGCAGUGGCGGCAGCAGCUGCUGUCGCUGCCUCAGUUGCUGCAGUUAUGUCUGGUGCUCACAGCAGGUAUCCUGUUGAGGGGUCUGCUGCUGUGGGAAUGGAAGCAGGUUUGGGUGAGAUGUGGGAGCUAGUGAGUGCUGAGGGGUUCUGGUGGUGGGUGGUGGAGAGUGCAGUGCAAGGAACUGCUCUCUAUGGCAUGGUGUUCUGCAUAUUGCUGCCUGUGCUGGUCAUUGUCGUUGUUAAUCUGCUUGCUUGCAUGCGCUUCGCUCUGUCUCCUUCAUAA